UCAAUUCCUGAACUUAGUCAAAUAUUACAGGUUUAAGUUUAAGUAGAUACCUACUAGACUACGUAAAAUUUCGAAUCAGAAAUAACCAAUUGAUGAAUUCACCAACAUCAUUGUUCAUUUGAGCACCAAUCAUCAUAGAGUAUAUUCUCAACUUCCUUCAAAUGAAUGAAUUGAAGCUAGUGAUAGAAGAACGGAUUUAAAAUGACCAUUGAGUUAAUACCUGAUUGUACCGUUUUGGUUAUUGAGAAAUGAGAAUUGAGAACUAACUAUAGGUAAUUAUUGACUAAUGAGUUUUUUGAUUUGACAUUACUCAGAGAGUGGAUCAAAAGGUAGUGACAUAUUUGCGUAUUAUAAUGAAUUUCGGUGCAGUGUCGUGCAAAAGAAAAUAAUAAAGGUUGCUUUAUUAAAUUUGCAUAAAAUAUAAGUUAAAUUUAUUGAGAUCAUAAAAUAAAUGUGUUGAUAAAAUGCCUCUAACAUCAGAAGAAAUCGCCAACCGCUAUCCGAUUCAUUGGAUUGUUUGGAACAACAAGCCCUUAGAAUUAACGGCAGCUCUAAAUAAUAAAAGGUAUCCACCAGAGGAAAUAGAAAAGCGUGAUCCUCAGGGCCGAACCCCUCUACUCCUAGCUAUUACAUUAGGAUACUUAGAUGUUGUACAAGUACUCAUUGAUGGGAAUGCCGAUGUGAACUGUGAAAAAGAUGGAUGGACAGCUGUGCAAGAAGCUACUGCAACUGGUAUUCCUGAGUUGCUAUCCCUGGUGCUGUCUCGCCGUGACUAUCAAAGACACGUUGUCCGAUCGAGUGGGAUUCCUGAUUUACUAAAUAAGCUUAGUUUAGCACCAGAUUUCUAUGUCGAGAUGAAAUGGGAGUUCACAAGCUGGGUUCCCCUGGUUUCUCGAAUGUGUCCAUUUGAUACAUACAAAGUUUACAAACGUGGUGCGAAUGUCCGAGUGGAUACAACGCUGGUCGGCUUUGAAAAUAAUCGGUGGCAGAGAGGAGACAGGACCUACAUAUUCAGAGGACAAGGUCGGAACGCCAGCCUGGUGGAGUUAGACCACGAGGCGGGCACGUCGUGGUGCGAGUUCCUGGAGUGUGGGGCACGAGAAAACCGCGCUUGGCCCUCCCCCCCUCAACACGUGAUCGACCAGCGUCUUAGCGCCCCGAUCUCUAUCAACUACCUCGACACUGACAAGAUCAGCUUCGAGAGAAACAAAAGCGGAAUAUGGGGCUGGCGACAGGACAAGAGCGAGGUCGUGAACGGGUACGAGUGCAAGGUGUUCGCCGCCAACAACGUGGAGCUGGUCUCCAAGACGCGCUCCGAGCACGUGCCGCGCGGCGAGCGCCGGCCGCACGCGCCGCGCGCGCCGCUCGCCGGCCUGCUGGCGCUCGCCGACGCCGACGACGCGCCCGCGCACGCCGCCGAGCCCGACCAGCUGCUCGCCCCCGACCGGGAUGAACAACAGAAACGAAGCAGGUACCGCCAUGAGCGUCGACCGUCUGUGUCAUGGCAAGAGUACUUUUCCGGGGAGCCGCUGGACAGAGACAUCGGCCGCUCGAGGGAGGUGUCCACUAAGGUGCAGAAAUUCAAGGCCACAUUAUGGCUGUGCGAAGACUAUCCCUUGCAGCUUCAGGAGCAGAUAAUGCCUAUCCUAGACUUGAUGGCGGCAAUAUCGUCGCCACAUUUUGCGAAACUAAAAGAUUUCGUCCAGAUGCAAUUGCCGUCUGGUUUUCCUGUGAAAAUCGAGAUCCCGCUGUUCCACGUGCUGAACGCGCGCAUCACGUUCGGCAACAUCUUCGCGACGGAGUCGGCCGUGGCGCACGUGCAGAGCGUGCUGGCGGGCGCGCGGCUGGCGUGCGUGCUGGACGACGCGUGCUUCGCCGUGGGCCGCGCCUACCGCGACGCCGCCGCGCCCGACGAGCGCCUGCCCUGCGACGACGACGAGCUGCUGCACUACGCCAUACAGCAGAGCCUCAUGGAGGCCGGCACGCACGACGACCAGGUGGACGUGUGGGAGGCGCUGCGCGGCGCGCGCUCCACGUCGCCCGUCCCGCCGCGCGCGCGCGACCACGCGCUGUUCGCGCACGAGGACGCGCAUCUGCAACGAGCGAUAGAGGCGUCGCUGGCGGACGCGCGGCCGGACGCCGACGAGCACGUGGAGGCGGACGAGGGCGAGCACGAGGGCGAGCAAGAGCGCGAGCACGAGCCGGAGCAAGGCGACGAGCCCGAGGAUGAGCUGGACGCGGAGCUGCGCGCCGUGCUCGCCAUGUCCCUGCGCGAGCACGCCGCGCGCGACCAGCAGCUGGCGGACGAGCAGCGGGCGCUCGAUGAGGCGCUCCGGCUUUCGUUACUAGAUAAAUAAAUAGAUCUCAAAACGGAAACGUCCACCAAAAGACUUAACGCCUAAGAGUUCGACUGACGACAUUUCAUGCGACAUUCGCUCUUAUUCCAAAGAUAUACCGACUAUGAAAGCGACACGCCCGAUGUUUGGUGCGUACUUUGUAUAGUUAGUGUUUUUAUUGCUGUUUGAUAUACGAUAUUAAUACUUAAUACAUUGUAUUAAAGUACAUUUUCUCAAUGUUCAUUAACCAUACUUCUGUAUACUAUAAAACUGCAUAUAUAAAUUAGAAUUUAAUAUAACGUAUGUAAAAGUAUUUGAAAAUUUACGGCUUAAAUGAUGGAAUCAAAUCCUAUUGUAUUGUUUGUUAGUUUUAAUCGUUUUACAUUAUUUAUUUCUAUUUUUUUUCUGUUUAUUAUUUUAUAAAAACAAACGUCCGAUAGUAAACUGUUUUUAUUUUUGACGUCGCUUUUGAGCAUUUAAUUUAAAUGAGUAGGCAAAUUAAUCUUGUGUUACUUAUAUAACAAAUCCUUCCCGAAUAAAUGUUAUGAUAAAUUAUAUGAUACGUGUAUUCGGUGAAUACGUCCAAACUCGGAAUCGGAGCUGCGAUCCUUUAUAAUCAUUAUAUAUGGCUAUAAACUAUACAAAAUAAUUAUAUAAAUAUACGUUAGUAUUGAGAAUUUACUGCCCCAAUUAUACACUGUGUACAAUAUAUAAUAUGUUACUCGUGAUUAUCGGUUGCCACGUCUAUUAAUAUUAUUAAUAAUUAUUAUUUUAAAUUGUUUCUUAGAUUAUAAUAUAAUCUAAAAUAUAAUCUGUUUCUAUCAUUUGAUAUGACGUUGAUUUUAAAAAUUUUUGCAAGAUAUGAAAUGAGGAAUAUUUUUAGAACUCCCCAAAACAUAUAUAGGGUGUUUUUUGUAAAGCAUGUGUUAUGAGAAAAUGCAAAAUUAAUAAGUAUCUUAUACAAAACUAAAAUUACUAUCAAAAUCUGUUCUAAUUUUAUCUUACUCUACAUUUGUUGAGUAUUUCGUAUUUUAUAAAUUAUUUUGUUUCGUCAAGCCUUAUACCUAAUUUGGGAUGUGAAUUCUACUAUUAACCGGCGUGUAAAUCAAUCGUUUUCGGUACUAAUUUUCUUUUAGAGAGAAGAGAUCCAGAUCACUAAUACCGUUUCUUAUAAUCGGCGUCAGUAAACCUCAUUUGAUAGCGCGAUAGAACUAUAGAACAACGCCAUCUAUUUAUCACUUAAGUCAACUGUACGGAACUUCGUUGCACUUCACUUAUGUGAUUAAAUAUAAUAUUAUGUAUUAAACUGAUCUCUCGUUAUUUAGCAGUUUAUAAAAACAUCUUAUUUAUUAACUUGAAAUAUACUUUGAAGCUGUGCGUCUUAGAUUUUACAAAUUUAAUGUUGUGAAUUUAACUUAUUAAUAAUUAUUUAUUUCUAAGAUAUUUUAUUUUUUUAUGAAAUAAUAGUAUUGUUAUGAACUUACAAACAAACAAUUUCCAAUAUAAAACUUAAACCUAUUUGAAUGGAUGUACUAAUUUAUAAUUGAAAUAAAUGUCUUAAUUAAACAUAUUUAAAUGACUCGAUGUAACCAUUAUUAAAAAUAAUUGUAAAGAACCACUCAUAUAUCACAAUUAUACAAUUAAUGUUAGAAAAUAUUAUACUUAAAUAAGUUAUUUUUACAGAAAAAAUAUCAAAAUGCUUUUUCCCUGUUCGGAAAUUCCUUAUAAAUAUUGUAUAGGUUAUAUAAAUAUUAUGUACAUUUCCUAUGUAUAUGUAAAUAACAUAUUAUAUGAGAGACGGAGACAGAAUCUAAUUUGCUUUUGAAUGUUAAAUCAGUUAUGACAAAAAGAGAUAAAUGUCUCAUUAAACACCCAUUAAUCAUAUUUUACUUCCUAUUUGACAGUUAACUGGCAAUGAAAUAUUUUGUAAUAAUAUCUAUUUCACUUAAAGUUCUGUUAAAAAGGACAGACAUUGGUAAGUUAUUCAAUGUUGGCUACGUAUCUAUGUCCUGGUGCUAAAAGAGCCAAGUACAUUUCUGAGUAAACUGUAAACCACAUUUUGCCAUUUGUCAAGUAUCUCUGGAAAUAAUAAAUUUAUUUGUGUUAAAAGAUAAAACGUGAUAGAUAAGCUUAAUUACUGAUAUCAAAGUUAUUACGUAAAAAAUCUAUUGAUUUUUAGAAUCCCAUCCAAAUUAGAUAACUAGUGUUUGAGAAAAUCGCGGAUAUAAAAGCAUACAGGUCGAAUAGAGGGCCUCCCUUUUUUUAUGUCGUUUAAAACGCUCAUUUUAUAGAACAUCUAUUGAUAUCGCAUUUUAGUACCAGGUCAUACACAUAUUUAAAUAAGUUAAUAUGUUUAAAUGUUCAUAAUAAAUAUGUGAUUAGUAUAUAGUAUUGUGGAGCACGAUCAUAUAUUGUCUAAAGUCUCUCAAUAUGGCAUUGUGUAUUAUAAAUUAAAUGUUAUUCUAUGGGCACGUUUUCACUGAAGCGUUACUUGCGUAUUUUACCGCUCAACGAUCAUGUAUUAAAAGAAUUUAAAAUUGAACAACUACCUAAUUAAAAUUUGUCUAUAGAUAAUUAAUAUGGCUAUCUGCAAUUAUGGCUGCUGUCAUUCUGUCUAACUACUAUCGGAAAUAGUCCGGCCUUAUUAAUAUCUCGAUUUGGCGAAUUUUAAAUGGGUAUUAGGAAUAUCUCUUGAUAGUGUUAUUGUGGUUAAUUAAUGUUAAGUUGUAGUGUCAGAGGUAGCGAGAAGUGUGAACGUGUCAACCCGGUGCUCAAUGUAUGUGGCGCCAUUCCUCAAUUGUGAUUAAGCUAGUAUUCCGCCACAUUUUAAGCCCGUUUCAAGUCUGAUGUGAACUCACUACACUGCCAUCUGUUUGAAUAUAAAUGCAUGUUUCGUACAACGCCAUCUAUCGAUAAAAAAGUCUUAAUAUACUUCUAUAAGUGUGUCAUUUGUUUUCGUAAUUGUAACUAGAUGGCGCUCAAUGUAUGCCAAUGUUAUCUGAUAGUUUGUUGUAAAUGUACAAAAUAUAGUCAAUUCUAUGUUGUAACUGUUUGUGUCUUCUAAAUAAUGUUUUUAUAUAGUCACAGUAGGAGUUUUAUAAAAGGAAUAUUAUUGUUUGAAGCAUUUCGCGUUGUAUUAUCGAAGAGUAAAAUAAUGUUGUUCACGUCAGAUUUAAACAAAGGUUUGGCGCGUAUUUACUCUCAACAAAUGUGUUUCAUUAUGUGUUUUCCUCUCCAAAUAGUAAUACCCAGUGGAAUUGUGUAAUGAAAUAUAUUUCUGUAUAUGAACUUUU